AAACCGAUCACAAUUCGCACGGAAGAAUCUCGUCCAGAACCAGAACGACCAAUCCUCUCUCUCUCUCUCUCUCUCUGCGUUGCCCUUCCAUGAAAUUAAAGCUCCUUCUUUAUCAAAUAGUUGAAUACAGAUCGAAAACAAACCCUAAUCUUCCCUGUCAAUCACUUCUCUAUCCUCUCCGACCUAUCCAAUCCAAUGGCCUAACCAAAUGGAGAAUUCAAUGAUAAAAAAUCUACCUCCACUCUCUUAUCUAUCACCCUCAGCCAUAUCUUUCCUGGACUCCAAACACCACGCUGGAGACGACCUUCAACAAGCUCCGAGUCUCCUCUUGGAGCUCCAGACUGAGUGUCAUAAUUUGGAUCAAAGCCUCUUAGAUCUCAAUCAGAAACUCCAAAACAGUCUAAUCGCUUACGCUUCGCAUGGGGAUCGAAUUGGUGUCCUUUUCGGCUAUAUCAAUGCCCAAUUGAUCAAUCUCCAGUCCUCCACUUGCGUUUCUGGUUCUUCAUCAGAUGGAGGAUCGGAGCAUAUAUUGGGGGAGGAGCUACCAGCGCUGGCGAAGGAAGUGGCGAGGGUGGAGACAGUGCGAAUGUAUGCAGAGACAGCACUAAAGCUUGACAGUUUGAUUGGCGACAUCGAAGAUGCUGUAUCUUCCACUUUGAACAGAAAUCUAGGGAACCGUGCAUCCACACGGACUUCAGAAGAAAUGCGUUUGGUCGCUAUUAAAACUCUCAAACUAACUGAAGAAAUUCUAAAUUCAGUUACAAAGACACGUCCUCAGUGGGCGCGCCUUGUGUCAGCUGUUGAUCACAGAGUAGAUCGAGCUUUAGCCAUUUUGAGACCCCAGGCAAUUGCGGAUCAUAGGGGCCUGCUUUCUUCCCUUGGAUGGCCACCGCCUCUGUCCACUUUGGUUUCUUCAAAUCUGGAUCCAAAGAGAUCAAGUGAAGCCCCUAAUCCCCUUUUAACAAUGCAAGGGGACCUUAAACACCUGUACUGUGAAAAUUUUCUUGCUUUGUUGAGCCUACAGGAAUUACAGAGGCAGAGAAAAUCUCGACAACUUGUUGCUAAGGAUCGGGAAAUUGCCAUGCACCAGCCACUUUGGGCCAUCGAAGAGCUCGUGAAUCCCAUUUCUAUUGCAUCCCAACGCCAUUUCUCAAAGUGGGUUGAUAAGCCAGAAUUUAUUUUUGCUCUUGUAUAUAAAAUUACUCGGGAUUAUGUUGACUCCAUGGAUGAGUUAUUGCAACCACUGGUUGACGAAGCAAUGCUGUCAGGCUACAGUUGCAAAGAAGAAUGGAUCUCAGCAAUGGUAAUGUCCCUGUCGACAUACUUGGCGAAGGAGAUAUUUCCUAUAUAUGUUUCUCAGCUUGAUGAAGAGAGUGCCACUGGAACUCUAUCACGGGCUCGAAUAUUGUGGCUACAUCUUGUUGACUUGAUGACCGCUUUUGAUAAGCGAGUGCAGUCUCUUGCAAAUUCUGGAAUCUUGCUUUUCCUCCAGGAAGAUGGGAACCUGCAGAAGAUUUCUUCUCUAUCAGUAUUUUGUGAUCGACCUGACUGGCUUGAUUUGUGGGCUGAAAUAGAGCUCAACGAAAUAUUUGACAAGUUGAAACUUGAGAUUGAGGAUGAGAGAAUUUGGUUACUCGAAGUUCAGGGAUCGGCUAUUAUGUCAGAUCCAGAAGAUUACAAAUCUCCAGCAAUAGCGAGCAUUUUUCUUCAGCGCUUAUCAUCUGUGGUCGACCGUUGUCGGUCGCUGCCUAGCAUUUCAUUAAGGUCAAGGUUUGUCAGAUUGGCUGGUGUACCUAUCAUACAAAAAUUUAUGAACUGCUUACUUCUUAGGUGCCAAGAAGCUGAGGGUCUGACGGCGUUAACGGAUGAUGAUGCUUUAAGUAAAGUUACAAAAUCAAUUAAUGCUGCUCGCUACUUUGAAUCUGUUUUAAAGGAAUUGUGUGAGGAUGUCCUUUUUCUGGAGAUGGGAUUGAACCAGUGUGAUCUAUUGGGAAUACAAGUUGGUGAAAGUAAUGGUAGUGGAGGGUCAGUAGGAGGAUCUGAAAGUUGUAUUUUAGACGAGGAAAUUGGGAAGCUGGAGGAAUUCAGAAUAGAAUGGGUUGAAAAGUUAUCAACUGUUGUUUUGAGGGGUUUUGAUGCUCGCUGCCGAGAUUAUAUGAAGAAUAGAAAGCAAUGGCAGGAAAAGGUUGAAGAAGGUUGGACAGUGACCAAAUCCUUUGUUGGGGCGCUAGAUUAUCUGGAGGGGAAAAUGUCAGUGUUGGAAGGUGGUUUGAAUGGGAUGGACUUUGUUGGGGUCUGGAGAAGUUUGGCAACUGGAUUGGAUCGAUUUUUAUUUAAUGGUAUUCUUAUGGGCAAUGUUAAGCUUUAUGAUGGGGGAGUUCAAAGACUUGGUAACGACUUGACUGUUUUAUUUGGGGCAUUUCAGGCAUGGUGUCUGAGGCCUGAAGGCUUCUUCCCCAAAGUUAGUGAGAGCUUGAAGUUGUUGAAAAUGGGGGAAAAGCAACUUAGGAAUAGUUUGGAGGUGGGGGAAAGAUGGUUGAAAGAGAAUGGGAUAAGACAUCUGAGUGCUACCGAGGUGGAAAAGAUUGUGAAAAAUAGGGUAUACAUUAGUUGAAGGCUUUUGGAUUAAACCUUUUGUGGUCUUUAUGGUACAACAAGGCUUUUAGAUUAAACCUUUUGACAUCUUUAUAAAGGUACACAAACGUAGACAAACUAGAAAGGUCAUAUCAGAUUUGUUGCAGGUUGAGGAUUCUUGUGUUCUGUAUUCUACAGAGCACAAAUUGACCCAUUUGUUUUCCAGAAAGAUACAAUAAUACUCCGGUAAUCUUCAAAACAUUCUUACAACUUGCGUCAUCAACAUUCUUGUUCUAUGAUUUUUUAAAGGUGUCUGCUGCUUAAACCACCGUUACACUUGAUGGAGCACUUGCUGGUGGUGGAGAAGGUUUUCGUGGAAGUUAUCUAAAAUCAGCUAUGCUUUCAGAUUCAGUUGAAGAGUGUAGGUUAAAGAUCCCACAAAGACUCAUGACGGGCAUGAUGAUAUUAGCAGAAUUGAAGAUUGAUAGAGAUUGCACACAAUUGAAGAGCACAUUAGGUCCCCUCUCCACCCUUGCACUGCUUACUGACAUUGUUAUGAAAACAGAGACGUGCCAAUCAUAUUCCAAAUAUUAGGUCUGUUUGAUAACAUGUGCAUUAAAAGCAUGUGGAUCUAGGCCCAUCGAUGGGUCAUGAUCAAAGUCCGUUUUGAAUUCCACUUGUAUAAGUGUGUCUGGUAGUUUGUGUUGGGUUUCGAAUAUUCAAACCUGAAUUCGAUUAGUCUAAUUUGGUUAUUGUUAGUGUAGAUUUGAUAACCGAAUUUCUAGGAUGGAUCCUAUGGGUUCUUCACUCAUGUUCCAAGUUAUGACUCAUUGGUUGUCUUGUGUAUAGUGUGUAGAAUCAAUCAUGCCCUGACAAAGCGGUAAUGUUGUUCCAUUGGUACUUUAGAGUCAUGUAUUCUAACCAGGAAAAGAGUCUUUUCGCAAGGACAAUAAUGUUUGUGGUCAUUCAAAACUUUCCAAGAUUGAGAAUCGUUUACAUUAGGGGACUUUAUUGAGGUUGAUUUGUUUUGAUUAAGGUUUGGUUUGUUUGUUGUAUUAUAAGUUUUAACAUGAAA